UUAAGAACAGUUUCUUAUUUACAAUAUUGAUCUGGAAAAUUACGAUAUAGCCACAAACAUAGGGUUAGGGUUAGGUCACAAAGGCUACAGAAGGUUGGUAUGCCCCUCAUAGACUUGGUUUGGCCCAACAUUCAUCUUCAGGUGAGUGGUGUCUAUUGAGGCCACUCCCCCUUUUUGCAGUUGUACCAUGAAGCUGGUGACAAGCAGAAAACAUGUUGAACUAUUUAGAGGUAAAACGCAUGGUUACUGUUGGUAGGGAGGAGUGAGGGGAGAUAUCUGGCAACCUGCUGGCUCCCCCCCAAGCCUUACCUGGACUUCCUCCCUGUAACGAUGCAAGCCUGAGCAUCGUUAAGCAGGAGUGCUUGGGGUGAAAGGGGAGAGCAGGCUACCACAUGGGAGGGCUAGGGCUAGGGCUAGCCGUCUACAGACAGCAUCUGUGGGAUCGUAUGGGAGGACUGAACCCUACGGAUUGGACCCUGACUGGAGGUGGAUGACCUUUUCCCCACACUGGUGGUUUUUAUUCACACGGGUUCUCCCAGUGUCGGCCGCCCGAACAGCACUGCUGCCCGUGCCGCCUCCUCCUCCUCCUCCUCCGCCUCCUCCUCCUCCUCCUCCUCCUCCUCCGCCUCCUCCUCCUCCGGUCGCCGUGGCGAGGCCAGGGGGGAUGGGCUGUAGGCUGGACCUGUCAGGGCUAACCGACCAGGAGGCCGAGCACGUGCUGAAGGUGGUGCAGCGAGACAUGAGGCUGCGGCAGACGGAAGAGGAGAGGCUGAGUCACUCGCACAGCAAAGUACUAAAACAUAUCAACCCGACGCAAACCUGGCUCCUGGAUGGACGAAGCACUGUGAAAGGUGUGCUCCAUCUACAUCAUCGUAACCGUUUUACUGGCAUGGAGGAGGGACGGAGGGACGGAGGGACGGAGGGACGGAGGUUAUACUCUCCGGACCCCAGAGACGCUCUCGGACUCACUCCGUCUGAGGCUUGCACAUGUAACCCAUAGCUCAAAUUGAGUCUUAAAUAUUACGGUAUAUAUUAAAUGGUAUAGACAUUAAAAUAGAUAACAACUUAUUUUAUAAUAAUUACAUUGACAAUUUAAUAUAUUAAAAUAUCUAGAAACGUUUUUUUCACCAUACCUUCAAUAACGUCACUGCCCCUUUCAGACGCCUUUCUGUAGCAGACACGAGCUUCAAGAACCGUUAAGUGAUUCAGAAACAAAAUCAGAGGCACCUGAAACUGAAACUAAACUGUAUCAUUUAUAUUAUAUUGUUAUUGGUCGUUUUCAAUCUGAAAUCGAGAGUCUACACAACAGCCUCGCCUCUAUCGAAAAAAACGAGUGCUAAAGACUGUUUUGGUCAGGUUUUUUGAAAACCCUGAAAAUAUCCUAGAACCACUUCUGUGUUGCAGCUGGACAGCGCACACAAACAGAGGACUUCACUUGAACCAAACUUUGAUGGCGAGCUUAUCCAAUGACCCGAAGAGCCUAAGGAAAGGGUAACAAGCCGAUUCAUCAAUACGGUUUGACCGUUGGACAUUGAACCAUGAACAUUGAACAUUAAAAUAUUUCUUGAUAGAUAUUAGAUUGUUUUUGUUUGCAUACACAUUUGUAUACGCAGUUCAUAUACAUAAGAUUGAUGUUUGUGUACACAUUUGUAUACACAGUUGAUUAUAUACACAUUUUGAUGUAUUUUACUUUUCAUAAUCACCUCAAGAAUAUUUAUUGUAUAUUUUUAUUGCAAAUAUUUAUUUAUUUUAUUUCAUUUUCCUAUCUAUUUAUUGAUCUAUUUAAUAUUUAAUCUUUUCUUAUUAAAGCAAACUGCCAGAUUUGUUAUUAUAAACCCUGUCUCCAGUCUUUAAUUUCUAUGUUUGAUUUCACCACU